CGGCAUCAUAUCUCCAAAUCGAAGCUCGGCCCGGCCGUAAGGUACGACUCACCUGAACCAAAAUCAAUCGUUCCCCCCUCCUCCCAACCGUUCAACAUGCCUCAGGACAUGCCCCCCGCUGGGGGCUACCACCAGGUGCAAUACAAGCGCAACGUCCCCGUCCGCGGCUUCCGUCCCAUCGUCUACCUCGCCGGAAUGGUCGGCGCCGUCAGCUACGGUCUGUACAAGCAAUACUACUCGAUGCGUGAAAUGCACGAACUCGGCCGCGAGAAACUCUGGGGCCGCCUGCACAUCAUCCCCCUCCUCCAGGCCGAAGAAGACCGCGAUCAGGUCCGUCGCUACUACGCCGACAAGGCCCGCGAGCAGCAGCUCCUGGGCUCGGAGAACAGGGUGUAUAACUCUGACCGCUUCGUCCGCCCUACCUUUGCCUAUACCCCUUCGCAGGUUACUGAGUAAAUUGAAGUUUUUUUUUGAGAAUCAAAUCCAAAAAAGAAAAAAAGUCUUGAAGACAAUUUUUUUUCUUUGCCUCAUUGUUUGUUUCCAUUGUGUACUUUAUUUAGGAUUGCGAUUGUGGUUUGUUUUCUUCCAAAGCUUUUGCCCUUUUCUCAGAAAUAUUGCAAGUCGUUACGUCCAUGGGCGUAGGGGCGACGGAGUCCUGAAUUUAUGGUAUGGAUCUUGGUUUACGCUCUAUUGGGAUGAUCGCCUCCACGUGGAGAGGUGAAGCCUUCGCAGCUGGCAGAGUAGAAGGUAGGUUACUGCAGCCUUCAUGCGCGAUACGCAACAUCUAGCUAGCCGUCGUAGUCAUUUUCGAGACACUGUCCGUCUAUACACAAUUAUACUAUAUGACCUC